AUGGCUAAAAAAUAUUUGAAUAAUGAUGAUAAUGGUUCACAACAUAACCAACGUUUUUUCGACAUUGCUGGAGAACCUUGUGAAAUGUUAUUACCUAUCCAAGGUUAUGAGAAAAGGCCUGUUGUAUCACUCGAAGACGCAGUUGAACCAUUAGUUCAAUUUGUGCCUGAUAUCAAGCGAAUGGCAUACGUAGCUAAAAUGAAAUGUCGCAAUCCACCUGCUGAUUAUCUUUCAAAAGAUGAAUCAGCUUCAAUCAUACUUUAUUCGCUACAAUGGGAACCAUACGAAGAGAGCUUUUAUUAUGUCUUAAACGCAACUCUUCGUGCUGAAAAUCGAAAAAAAUUAGUUCCGUGGUUUCUUUACUUAAAACUGGUUCUUACAGCUUUAUCAAAACUUCCACCAUUACAACGUACUGUUUAUCGAGGAGUCAAAGGUGAUAUGCGCAAAUAUUAUACAAAAGGAGAAACAGUUUUUUGGUGGGGAUUUAGUUCUUGCACGACAACUAUGGAUGUUUUGGAAAAUGACCAGUUCUUAGGUGCGACAGGUAUAAGAACUUUUUUUGCCAUCGAAUGCAUGAAUGGGAAAGAUAUUCAACAACAUUCACAAUAUAAAAGUGAAGACGAAAUUCUUCUUCCACCUGGUCGACAAUUUAAAGUUGUUUCAUGUCUUAAUCAAUCCGGUGGUCUUUAUAUGAUACAACUUAGAGAAACUGAACCACCAUAUCCUCUUCUUGAGCCUGUAUCAAAAAAUGUUCCAAAAAUAUCGAAAGCUGCUACAGCCACUCCCUCACCAAUUAUUGCAUCGAUGGGGAGGUACAGUAGUUGCUUUUAA